GUGGUUUGAAAGCCCGGCGCUCACCGCACGAGCGGCGGUUCGGCCUGUCCCUGGGAUGUCGGUGUUGCGGCCGCUGGACAAACUGCCUGGCCUGAACACGGCCACCAUCUUGCUGGUGGGCACGGAGGAUGCUCUUCUGCAGCAGCUGGCCGAAGCGAUGCUCAAGGAGGAUUGCACAUCGGAGCUGAAGGUCCACUUGGCAAAGUCCCUCCCUCUGCCCUCCAAUGUGAAUCGGCCCCGAAUUGACUUGAUUGUGUUCGUGGUCAACCUUCACAGCAAACACAGCCUCCGGAAUGUUGAGGAGUCCCUGCGCCAUGUGGACGCCACCUUCUUCCUGGGGAAGGUGAGCUUCCUCGCCACAGGCGCUGGGCGGGAGAGCCACUGCAGCAUUCACCGGAACACCGUCAUGAAGCUGGCCCACACCUACCGGAGCCCCCUGCUCUUCUGCGACCUGGAGGGGACACAGGUUCGAGCCCUGGUCCGGGAGGAUCCCACAUGCCACAGAGCAACUAAGCCCAUGUGCCACAACUACUGAGCCUGCGCUCUAGAGCCUGCGAGCCACAACUACUGAAGCCCGCGUGCCACAACUACUGAAGCCCACGAGCCACAACUACUGAAGCCCACGUGCCUAGAGCCCAUGCUUUGCAACAAGAGAAGCCACCGCAAUGAGAAGCCCACGCACCGCAACGAAGAGUAGCCCCCGCUCGCCACAACUAGAGAAAGCCCACGCGCAGCAACGAAGACCCAAUGCAGGCAAAAUAAAUACACUAAUUAAAAAAUAAAUAAAACAAGUAUUUCGUACAUAACCUACAGUGCGCCGAGCAUUGUUCUAGGCACUAGGGAAGCAGCAUAGAGCCAGAACAGUUUUAAAACUCCCAGUUCUGUUCUCGUGGAGGAAACAAAGUGAGGAAGUAGAACGUAUGGCGUGUUAGAGAAUGGAUGUGACCUGUCAGGUGGUGGUAAAGUGGCAAGAUUUACAUAGGGGUUGAAGGGGCUCACUAAAAAAAAUGACCUGUAAGUAAAGACUUGAAGGAAGGCACCGUGGAGUCUCCUGGUGGAAAGGCCCACUAGGUUGGAGAAACAGCAAGUGCAAAGGCCCUGAGUUUGGAACUUGCCUGCUGUGUUCAAGGUCCACAGGGAGGCAUGGGUGGCUGGAGCAGAGCUGUGAGAGACGAGUCAGAGUGACCGUGGGGCUUUGUGGGUCGUAGGACAGGUGGUGGCUUUCACUCUGAGUUAGACUGGAGCAAUGGAAAGUGUGGGGCUGGGCGGGGGGAACACAGCCUGACUCGGGUUUUAAGUGGGUCCCUGCAACUGUUGGGAGGAGAGUGGACUGAAGGGAGACAGGGGCAGAAAGAAGGAGAUGGGCCUGGGGACUGUGUCUGGAAGAGUUAAGAGUGGCCUGGGCUCAGUGGUGUCUGGGGAAGAGGGAGAUGAGAUGGUCUGUGAUGCUGGGUGUUUCCAGGGCGGGGCCGACAGAUGUGCUGAUGGCCUGGAUGUGAGACAGGAGAGGAAGAAGAGUCAAGGUCGACUCUGGAGUUUUCAGCCUGAGCAACUGGAAGGAUGGGGUUGCCUGUGGCUGAGAUGGGGGGCGACUGCAGUUUGGGGGGACUCCCAGGAACUCCGUCUUAGACACACUAAGACUGAGGAGUCUGUUAGAUGUCUACACAGAAACCAAGCAGGCAGCGGCACGUGUGUGUCUAACAUUCAGAGGAAAGGUCUGGAGAUGCAGUUUGGGAAUCCUCAGCAAUUAGAUGGUUUGAAGGUCACAGAGCUGGAUGAGAUCACCUGGGGACCGAGUGUGGGGGAAAGAGAUGCAAAGGCCAAGCCCUGGGACCCCCAGCAGUUAGAUGUCACACAGAGGAGGGAGCGGCCUGUGGGGUGAGAGGAGAAGCCGCGGAGGGUGGGGUCCUGGGAGCCAGGUGGAAAAGACUUGUCAAGGGGAGGGAGCAGCUGCGUCAGAUUCUGCUGAGAGGAGACUCAGUGCGGAUGAGGCCAUGUGAUGACGUCGCCUCUGGAUUUAAAACCCAGGAUGUCGUGGGUGGCAAAUGGUGGAGGACGUGGGGAUGCCUGAUCACUAGCUUGGGUGACUGGGUGGAUGGUGGCGCCCCUUCCCCAGUUAGAGAGGGAACAGGGGAAGGGGGAGAUGCUUCUGAGGCCACCUGUUGGUCAGGGGAGAACAUCUGAGCAUCACUGUUUAUUCCUCAACAUUUCUAAUGAGCACCUCAUCUGCCCGCGCCAUCUGAUGCCAGGCCCUAGGACAGUCUUGUCACCCCUGCCUAAUCCCACGGCUCCUCUGGGCCCGCCAGCCCUUCAGAGGCCCUGAUAUAGGAACCGUCUGUUGACAGUGCCUCCCUGUCCUCAGAAAGGGCCACUCUCUACCCACCCCUCCUUUCUACCCCUGUGAGCGUCUUUCUCAGACAGAUCCCAGGUUGGGAAGCCUUUGGGGCCUACUGUACCCCAGCGUUGGUUGGGACUAGCCCUGGUUCAGAUGCCAGCUCUGCAGGCACUAACUGUGUGCCUCUGGACAGUUGGCCUAACCUCGCCAGCCCAGCUUGCGGGGCCUUCAUUUCUUCUGGAGCAAGGGUCAUCGUCUCUGGUAUCCCUGGAGGGUGUUUGAAGGAUUCAGUAAACUAAGGUGGUUGGAAACGGCUCAGCGAGGUGUGGCGCGGACAAGGGCGUGGCCAUGCUGGGCAGCGGUGCCCUGAGCUGUCCCCACAUCUCAGCACCCCGCUCCCCUGGGCAGCCCGCGGAGCUGCUCCACGUGAGAGGAGCAGGCUCCUCACUGCUGUUCUCUGCUCUACCU